GUUGGAUACUUUUAUACUCUAUUAUAGCUAUAUACCACAUUAUCUAACACUGAAAAGGAUUGGAUAUUUCAAGCAUAAAGUUUAAAAGAACAUGCAUUCAUUGGUAGUCUGGUAACAAUGACUAGUUAGGCAAAACAACAUUUAGUGAAAUGAAGUAUGAUAACAUCUCUCUUUUGUUAUAUUUAAUUUGUCACACUAACUAUAGUAACAGUUGAAGUUGUCAACCGAUGGCAAUGGCGCCCUCAACUCCCUCUAGCGGCUCUGGCAAGAAGGUUAGAAAGCCUUAUACCAUCACCAAGUCUAGGGAGAGCUGGUCUGAGGAGGAGCAUGACAAGUUUCUUGAAGCUCUUCAACUAUUUGACAGAGAUUGGAAGAAAAUUGAGGAUUUUGUUGGUUCAAAGACAGUUAUUCAGAUUAGAAGUCACGCCCAGAAGUACUUUCUGAAAGUUCAGAAGAACGGGACCGUAGCACAUGUUCCUCCUCCUCGUCCUAAGCGUAAAGCUGUUCAUCCAUACCCACAAAAGGAAUCCAAAAAUGUUUUGGUGCCAUUUCCAGCUUCCCUGGCAUAUGUUUCUCCCACGUGGGAUGAAAGUUUCUUGCUCAUGAGUUCUGGAUCCAACAGAUCACUGCCCUAUCAGGAUGAACUCACCAAUCUUCAUGGAGAUGAAGCUGACAUUGGCUCAAAGGGGGUGACAAUAAUUGGCAAUAGCUGCGUUAGUGAUGUUGGGAACUCUACUAGAAAGUUGUCUGCUACUGAGAUACCAAAACAAGGGAAACAGACUCAGGUGCUUCAUGGUUUACCAGAUUUUGCUGAAGUUUAUAGCUUCAUUGGAAGUAUUUUUGAUCCAGACACAGAAGGCCAUGUCCAGAAGCUGAAGGAAAUGGAUCCUAUAAAUUUUGAAACUGUUUUGUUGCUGAUGAAAAAUCUCACUCUCAACUUGUCUAGUCCUGACUUUGUGCCCGUUAGGAAAGCCAUGUCAUCAUACGAUGCCAACACGGAAUUACGGCAGGAAUUGAUGUCAAGAAAUAGACAAAGGAUCUAUAAUGUCAAACAGCUCAACAAACAUUAAUUGAACAAGUGCGUGUUUUUUCCCCCUGAUGUUAUGUAGCUUUCCUACUACAGUGAUCAAAUUUGAAUGGAAGACUAGAGUUUUGCUCAACCAGCACACUCAUUGCGAAGCUUGUAAAUGCAACAAAAACCAUCAUCGGCCUUUGUAACCACAGCCAUGGAGAGUGAGUGUUAGAAAUGCUACCAAAACCAAAAAGAUAUGAAGGUGCACAGUGUUGCAGUGAUUAUAUUUCCAUUGUUUAAUUAUAUUCAACGAUUCAAAAUAGAGACAUAACUAUUUAACAUGAUUAUGCAGUAGAAGGUAUAUCACUAAGCCUUUCUAGUUAAAUAAACAGUUUACUGCAUGACAAUGCAUGUGGGGGGAGAGAGUUGAAGAAAAAUGACUUUGUAGUAAUUUUGUCUAUUUUCGUAUCAGUAUAAAUUUGCAUAAAGGUACUUUGACUAAUUUCUUCUGUAAUAAGUUGUCACCAUAAACUGGUGUUUGUUGGGGGCAAUGUACGAGAAAGGGAUACAAAAGCUUCAUAUGGUUUGAAUCUA